AUGACACCAAAAUCCAAAAUACCCUGUCAAGCUUGCAAAGGGGCAGGCUUCCGAUGUGACAGAAAUGUAUUCGGGUGCCAGCAUUGUGGCGCGAAGAAGCUUAAGUGUGCAUACGAAAUUACUCUAACCUGGGGUGGCCGCCCAUAUAAGGAUAAAAGCAAGAGGGUCAAGAUUCCUGCAAACACAGAAUUGAGAGAUGGGGUGCUUGUCGCGAGUGGAAAGCGACUUACAACGAAAAAUAUACGUCAGAGAAACAAUAAGCCUUUAAUUUUUAUUGAGGGCUUGCCUCAGCAGACUAGACGUAACGUCAAGCAUUCCCACGGAAGCUCUACUGCUCAAAUUGAUUAUGCGCAAUGUCAACCUGGGCCCAACCCUCCUAGAAGCAUUUUUCCCAUUUCCGUACAUGUCAGGGAGGUACUAAAUCGAUCGCUGGAUCACUCUGAUUUCUUCGAAUUUUUCUUGCACGAAACCUCCGCCUAUUUUGUUGCAGUGAAUCGUAUCUGCAAUCCAUUUCGUACAAUUAUCCCGCAAAUGGCUAUGUCAGACCCUGUUUUGAUGAAAAUACUAAUGGCAUUUGGUGGCAGACACAGAGAGCGACUAGUAACAAUAAAGAAUAGACGUCAGGGUCAAGUUAUCCCUGACAGGUCCCCAUGGGAUGAUUUGGCUCAAAAACUACUAGAAGAAGGUAUGUCGGAACUCAUCAGGAAGCUACGGGCCCCUUUGACCGAAAUCGGCGACUCUAUUUUGGCCAGUGUGCUAGUCCUUGCGAGCUUCUGCAUCUUUUUCGGGAGUGGCCAGGGGAAUUGGGAUGAUCACAUUUAUGGGGCUGAGGGAAUCAUAUUGAGGGAACUGGAAAGCCGCCACCAAAAUGGUACAAAGCUACUUCAAUACUCAAGCGAAUAUGGCCCCUAUUUCUUUUUAAGGCGCUGGUUUACGUAUAUCAAGACCAUGGGCUGUCUUUCAUCGGCUCGUUUUAGGCCGACAACCGCCCGCCAAUCAUUGCUAAUCGAUUUCAAACUGGAAGAGCACAGCAAAGAGGAUGGGUUAACUCAAUCCUCGAGGAUAGACCUUUUCUAUUCAAACGGUAUGGAAGUCACAGUGUUGUCCUUUUUGACCCAGGUUACGAAUAUGAUCAUCCGAAAAGAGACCUGCAACAAUGUCCCUGCUGCCUUUAAGGUUUCCCGAGAUGCCACAGAACUGGACUACAAGAUGACAAGUUACCUCGAGGGGAAGUCCUUUUUAGAAUUUUUAAAAGGUGCAGAGGAUUUUAGCGCUUCAAUGGAAUCUUACCACUACACAUACCCAGACGUAGUUAAAGGAACGAACAUCUUAUACUGUCUUACUGGGCAGCUUCAGUUGCGAAGACGGGUUUUGAACUUGACAAGUGACAGCCAUUUGGUAAAAGAUUUGCUGCUAAAAGUUGUAACAGUUAUGGAAAAUGAUAUUAGGCGAGACGCUCCGAUGCCUCCAUGCUUGCUAUUUGUACUCUUCAGCUGCGGAUGUGAAUUGGUCACAGGAACACAAAUCGACAAAAGGCAACUGUUUCUUGACAGCUUGGAUGCUUUUAUUGAUCGCGGGGUUGAAUGCGCAUUCCAGGCUAAGGAUGUGAUGUUGGAAUGCUGGCGCACAUCCUUGCCUUGGUGGGAGGUUUUGAGUGUGAAGGGUUUGGACAUUUGCUUUGGAACGUAA